CUCAAUUAUCUUACUUCUCCAUUAUCUUCUUGCCUGAGUUUCUGUUCCCAUGGAAUCUUUCCUAUUUGAUAGGGCCUCAAUUUCAAGCAAUUCUUAUUCAGAUGAUGGUAAUCAUGAACUCAUCAACCCCCUUUUCAUUCAAACCAAUCUAGACCUCCCGAGUGAUCGUUGUACAUCUUUGAACCCGACCUCAGGCGAGUAUGCCGGUGACAGUUAUGACUACAACACUCCUGUUCUCAGGUAUGUAAGUGAUAUUCUUCUUCAAGAGGACAUUGAGGAUAAAUCAUGUAUGUUGUAUGAUUGUAUAGCUCUCAAAGCCGCUGAGAAAUCUUUCUAUGAUGUCCUUAAUCAAAAUGAUUCUACAACACUAGACCAAAAUUAUGAGAACCCGGAAGAUGACAAUAAUGAGAGGUUUUUCAGCUCUGGUGGCGGUAUUUAUGGCAAGACAUAUCCGGUUGCUGAUGUCCAGUAUUCUCAUGUUGAGUGUCAGCCGGAUACCUCUUUAGUUUCCGAUUCACUUUCAAAGCUACAAAGUCUUGAGAAUUCUGAAAGAGUAGAGGAAGACAACAACGGGCAUGACAAGUUUAAAAUACUUCAGGCAGAGAGGUUCCAACCAAUGCCUCAAGGUCCUCAAACACAUAUAGGAUCAACUUCGGUUUAUGAGCAACAAAGUGACGGGCACAACUCAGAAAAUGGAUCAGAGGCAAAGAAAGAUCGUCAAAGGCGGGAUAAUCAUUGUCUAGAAGAGUGGAGGAGCAACAAGCAGUCGGCUGUUGCAUAUUCGGCUGACGACUCUGAGCUGCAAGAAAUGUUUGAUAAGGCUAUGUUCUUUCAAACUGUGAAUUAUCAAUCCGUUGAGAGAAGCAGACAUUCAAAAGGAUCUAAGCUGGUGUAUCCAAAGAUACAGAGUAAAGAGGAGAAAGUAGUAGAUUUGUGCACAAUGUUAAUUCAAUGUGCGCAAGCUGUUGCUAGUUAUGACCAGCAAAAUGCUAGGGAAAUACUUAACCAGAUCAGGCACCACUCGUCUCCCUAUGGUGACGCAACCCAGAGACUAGCUCAUUACUUUGCCGAUGCUCUCCAGGUACGCUUGACUGGUACUAGAGUCCCCUCGUUUUCAUAUACUAUAGGUCCGCUGAUGUCAACCGGUGAAAUAUUGAAAUAUAUUCAAACGUUUUUCAAUGCAAUGCCUUUCAGGACCCAUACAGAAUUUUUUGCCAAUAUGACAAUUAUGAAACUAGCAGAAAAAGCAACAAGUGUUCACAUUAUUGAUUUUGGUAUUGCUUUUGGUUUCCAAUGGCCCUCCCUCAUCCAGUGGCUAUCAGAGAGACAUGGUGGACCUCCUAAGCUUCGUAUUACUGCGAUUGAGCCUCCACAACCAGGUUUUAGACCCACAGAGAGGGUUGAGGAAUCCGGUCGUCGCUUAGCAAAGUAUUCUGCGAGAUUUGGUGUGCCGUUUGAGUUCGAUGUCAUUGCUAAGAAAUGGGAAACUAUAGAAUUUGAUGAUCUUAAAAUAGACAGAAAUAAGGUGAUUGUGGUGAACUGUCUGCACCGGUUAAGGCACGUUCCUGAGCUGACAAUUAUGGGAAACAGUCCAAGAGAUGAUGUCCUCAAGUUGAUCAGGAAAAUCAAUCCAGAAAUAUUCAUCCAUGGGGUUGUCAAUGGAGCACACAAUUCAUCUUUCUUUCUCACACGUUUCAAACAAGCUAUCUCGUACUUUAGUGCAUACUUUGAUAUCACUGAGACCACAUUGCCUUGUGAGGAUCAACAACGGCUUUUUUAUGAAAGAGCAGCUAUCGCUAGAGAGAUAAUGAAUGUAGUGGCGUGUGAGGGAUUUGAAAUUGUUGAAAGGCCUGAAACAUAUCGGAAGUGGCAGUCAAGGAAUGUGAGGGCUGGAUUCAAGCAGCUACCGUUAGACCAUGUGCUUUUGGAAAAGGUGAGGACCGUGUCAAAAUCGAUAGGUUAUCACGAUGGUUUUAGUAUUGAUGAAGAUGACAAUUGGAUGGUCCAGGGAUGGAGAGGGAAAGUCCUCCUGGCCCUUUCCUUCUGGAAAGCCGAGGUAUAAUACCAGUCUUUACGAGUUAUACUGAGCUUGUUAUUAGGGUACGUAUCAGCUUAUGGAAACAACAGUCUUUGUUGCAAGUGCUCUGUUAUCUAUUAUCACUAUAUAUUGAAGAUGUUGGAUAUGUGUGUGAAUUGAAGAAUCAACUUGUCCACAUCUGUGUGUUGCUUAGUCCACAUAUGUGUGCUACUUAGUCUAUUUGAGUAAGCAAUUGUUCUGUUUUUCUGGAAUGACAUUGCUGCACUAAAACCGAAAAUGGGAUUGACUCAGACCUCCGAAUCUAAUUCUGUAAAAAGGUACAGAAACUAGACACAGAGAGCUUUCCCGGCAUAUAUGGCUCAUGGUCUCAGGUUGUCAAAGUAGAAAGUGGGAGCCAUCCAAAGUGAACGGACAUAUCUGCCAGAAUUUGUUUCACGUGUUCAUAUCCAUCCUCCUAUUCAUAACUUCUUUAACCAUACUUGGAGAUUGUCGGUCAAGUUUCCUUUCAGCCUUAGCUUGAGGGGGAGUAGUGAAGAUAUUGGAUGUGUGUGUGAAUUAAAGAAUCAAUUGGUCCACAUUUGUGUGUUGCUUAGUCCACAUUUGUGUGUUGCUUAGUCCACAUCUAUAUGUUGCUUAGUCCACAUCUAUAUGUUGCUUAGUCCACAUCUAUGUGCUCUUGUCUUGGAGUAAUUCUAAGCAUUAAUUCUCGUUUUGUGUAUAUAUAUCAGUAGUUGUAGCUUUGCUUAACUCAUGAAAUAUAUCAAGAGAAAUACAAUUGAGUUUCAUCUUCU